ACUUAUUUCUCGUUUAGAGAGCAAAUGCCAUCCAGCCCGAAUGCAUGUUUCCGCAUUCCCCACCAAUCGAUACUUUGCGAUAGCAAUCAUCCCCAAUUCAGCCUUCCGGCAAGCUCUCAUCCGUGCUGAUGCUUACGGUCAUUACAAACUUACAAACAAAAGUCCCCCUGCGCAAAUCAGCAUGUGGCUUCGAAAAGCGGGGAUGUGCUUUCGAGACCGUGAUGAAACCUUCCUUCCCCCGUUCGCAUACGGGUUGAUCUACCCGCCUUUAAGGUUUGUAGAUUGUCCUAGCUCUUUCUCGAUUUAAGCUUCUUGGAACUUCUUGUCAUUAAACGCCAUUAUUGCGUGACUUCCUGCAACAGUCAAAUCAUGGCUUUCGAUCAGCUGUAUAUCCUUCUGGCUGGGGUCACGGCACUGAUCGCUGCGGGGUUCCUUACGCGCUCGAAGUUGAAUUACGGGGAUGAUGUCCCCUCUGGAUUACCUUGGGUGGGAAAGCGACAAGGCUUGUUUUCUGAUCUACGGACACGAGUAGCAAGUAUAAAUGCUGUGUUGGAGACAAUCGAGGCUGGAUAUCGGAAAUACUCGAAAGCCGGCCACAAUUUCGUUCUUCCUGGUUUUGACCACUCUAUGGUCCUAGUCCCAGCGUCGCAGGUGAAAUGGAUUAUCGACCAGGCGGAACAUGUUCUCAAUGCGAAUGAGAUGCAGCGCGAGGUGCUUCAGACGGAUUACACCCUUCUUGAUUCGACACUAGCUCGGAACCCCAUCCACGAGCUUAUUGUCCGGAGAGACUUGACAAGAUAUUUGGGGGGGUUGAUUCCAGAUAUCGAGGACGAGCUGAAUUGUGGGGUUGACGAAUUAUGGGGCAAAGAUACGGAGAAGUGGACGGAUGUGGGGGUGUUUACUUCGAUGAUGAAAAUUGUUGCCAGAACAUCGAAUAGGAUAUUCGUUGGACUGCCACUGUGCCGGAAUGACGAGUAUCUCGACAGCGCCGGCGGAUUCGCACAGGAUAUUCCAAUAAGCGCUGCAUUCAUUCGAAUCAUUCCCAAAGUCCUGAGGCCAUUCCUAACCUGGAUACCGCUCCUUUCAAAUAGAUGGCAUCUCUACAAAGCAUCUAAACACUUACUCCCAUUCAUUCGGAAACGCAUAUCAGAGCUGGACGCCGCCAAGGCUACAGGUGAAAAGGUCGAAUGGAACGACUUCACUGGAUGGUACUUGAAGUAUGUAGCUAAUUAUCCCGAUCCCGCUGAACGUGCACCCGAGAAGCUGGUGAAGCGAUUGAUGGUCAUCAACUUCGCAGCUAUCCACACCUCAACAUUCACAGCAACCAACAUGCUAUUCGACCUCUUCUCUUCCCCCACAGCCGAAGCCGACGUGAAGGAAAUACGAGAGGAAAUCGAAACCGUACUCGCUGAGUACAACGGAAAAUGGGACAAGAAUGCCGUGGCGAAAUUAAUUAAAACAGAUAGCGCUGUGAGAGAAAGUCUGCGAAUCUCAACUUUCAUGAGCCACGGUAUGGACAGGGUAGUAGUUGACCCUAACGGCGUCACCAUGAACGAUGGCCUGCAUCUCCCACAAGGAACCCGCAUCGGGACUUCCACCUACUCAAUCCACCACGACAACAACGUCUACGAGAACGCUAAAACCUACGACGCGUUCCGCUUCUCCCGCGUCCGAGCCGGCGCUACUAAACCAUCUACUGCAAACGGAGCGAUGAAUAAGGAGGAUCUCGCGAAGGUUCUAGAAGCGAAGAAUCUGUCGACAGUCACUACGUCAGAUACGUACUUGUCUUUCGGACAUGGACGACAUGCCUGUCCAGGACGCUUCUUUGCUGCUACGGAGAUGAAGUUGUUGUUGGCGUAUAUCAUUCUGAAUUAUGAUGUCAAGCCGUUUAAGGAGAGGCCAGCGAAUACCUUCCUUGCGGGGUCUAUUCUGCCACCUAUGAAGACGACGAUUUCAGUGAGGAGAAGGAAGGUGUGAUAGACGGACCUAGUAGACUUCUCUUAUGAAGAGGUUUCUUACUUUGUGAGAGGUAAUUCAAUGGGGCAGUACAAGAAGCAUGGAACGGCGUUUCGGGUCAAGACCACAUUGGAUGGUCCGGGACUGUGGGGUAAACAACUGCGAAUAUCAAAGCGCGUUGAUCCAAUUUCUCUUUUCUACUGUUCUAAUCACUAAAGCCCAAGUAUUUACAGGCACUUGAUAAGUGUUUGUUCCCAUUUCCUUCCCCACCCAGCCAAAAAAAAAAACGUUUUUCUAGUAUACCAUAUCUCCAUAUCUUCUCACAUCUAUUCCAAGCCCCUCAAAACUCCAUGCAAUGCAAUUCUCCAAGUCUCAAAACUAUACUUCUAUACACAAAAUCCACGCAUCCACCCACCCAUCAUCCUCUAUGCUCUUCUCUUUCUCCCAUCCACCCCUCCAACCGUCUUCACAAACCCGUCAUAACCCUCAACAUAAUCGGCGCCGCCGCAUACGGCCAAAACAUCAACGCCGCAACAAUCGGCACAUAACUAUACACUACAUCAGCCACUCCAUUUCCUAUUCCCCCCACCCACCAUCAAACAAAACAGAGAAGGAAUGACGAGAAAGGAAAAAUCAAAAGGAAAGAAAGAAGAAAAGGAAAAGCUCACAGCUGCAACCCCCUCCCUAUCCUCCUCCCCUGGACCCACCAGUCUCCUCUUGCACCAUCUAUGAUUUUCCCUGGUAGGGCUUGGAAUUGUGAUAUACUGUAUGCUCUUCUUCCUUGAGAAUGAAAGGGUUGGCGUGUCCGGGUGAGGGUGUUGAGGAGGACGCGGCUGGUUCGUAAGGUGGUGGGGGGCAUGUUUAUUUUGUUUUGUUUUAUUUGUUGUUUGGGUUGGAUUGGAUUUAGGUUAGGAGCCGAAAGCUGGCUUGUGAUGCUGGCGGAGAACAAAUGGUGGGUUGAGGGAGGUUGGUGUGUACAAAAAGUGGAUGAGGUGGUAUAGAGAGUUUCUAUAAUUUGUUUGAGAAAUUG